UACCAUCAACUAACGGAUAAGACCCGUUUUUCUAUCUCUCAGUGUUAUUCUCUGGCGAAAAAACCACCGAUGUUGCUGUGUCGGAACGGCCCUAACUGGCGGAAACCAUUUCCUUCGCUCCCCUCCGCCGCACCUUGUACUCCCUCCUCCAACUCCACCACCGCCAAACCAAAGCAAUUCUCGGUCAGGUCCACAGCGUCGCCAGCGAAAUGGCGGGAGAGCAGGCGGUCGGUUUCAAUAUCUCUGUUUCUCUCUCACAUCCUCCUUGCACCCAACUAUGCCAUUGCAGGAAGCUUUCUGGAUAAAUACAUGAAAAAGAAAAAGCUGGAUCCGCUUGAGGUUUAUGUGCCUGCUGUUAUAUUGACUCAAUUACAGAUUAAAGACCUAGAGAAAACUUUGGAAGAUGAUGAUAAACCAGAAUAUGCAACUUGCAGAUCCCUACUACGUUCCGGUCCGGCUGCAUCUCUGCGUGUAAACAUCCGAGCUGUGGCACAGUAUGCGUCUGAUGCUGGGAAUGGUGAAAAUGCUUUCAAAGACGUUGAUCAAUGUCUAAGGGCAUUGGAGGAACUAGAUUCCUUGUUUCUACAUGCCUCAAGAAACGAGCCAGAUGCCUCUGUUAAAGCAAUGAAAGCACAGAUUGGUACUGCCCUCAAUGCACUCGACAGCCUGCUUCAAACGGUUCCAACCGAUAUAUUAAAUCAAGGCAAGGAAAUUGCUGAUGCCUUUAGAUCUCCUGAUGAAGAUGACUCCCAGCAGCAGCCUCAGGAAUUAGACCCCGAAAUUAAGCAAUUGGAGUCGAUUCUAUGAUUUGAAUCCAAAAACAGAGAGAUGUGAUACGUAUGUUUGAACAAACAACACCAUAGUAGUAUUUAUUUAUUUAUUUUCAAAGGUGUUUAUGUUCGAAUAUAGAAAUAUUGGUUGUAAUUUAUUACACUGUUGCACAAG